CGUCGCUCUGCGUCCGCUUCAGCCGUCCAUUUGGCCCAUCAACCCAACCAUCCUCCAGAGUCCGAAGAAAUCCUACAUAACUCCUCACGUACCCGACCUACCAAUCACACUAUGGAGCUGGAUACGGUCGACUUCAACCUCCGCCUCGUGCCGGCCGACAACGGCGCAGGGUCCGUCCUCUACCACGUCACCAUGGAGGCGACGCGCAGCCUGCGCAGCCUCGAGCUCAUCGCGUGUGAGGUAAGCGAGGCCGUCGCGACCUCGCACAAUUUAGAGCCCGUCUUGUGGCGGGGCGACCAAUUGGUGCUGAACACGUGGGGCCGCUGGGACGUGCGGGCCGGCAAGGAGGAGGAGAAGGGCGUGACGGUGAUUACGGCGCCGCGCUGGUCCGUCGUGCUUCCUCUGCUGGCCAGCGGCAUGUACCGCGGCGAGGUGGAUGUGCACCUUUUUCUGCAGCUUAUCGGUCUCGAGGAGCUCGUCCCGCUGCGUCUCGACACGACGCUGCGUUCGCGGUUCGGCGGCUUGGAGUUCGCGGCGUGCGACCCUGUGUUUGCGGCUCUGGCGGACAUGUCGAUUGAGACCAUGGGCUGGGAGAAAGAUUCCCUGGUGAAGGCCACUGGGUUGCCGGGCGCUACAAGACCGGGGGCCGACGGCGACGACGACGACGACGACGACGACACAACGGAGUUUGACGAGGACGGGCUGGCUAACAGAAUGAGAGCCUUGCAAAUUGACGGUGACGCUCCCGUCCCGCUAGAUGAUGCCUUCCUCUUCUCUAAUUCUUCGCCGGAUGCCAUGUACUCGGCCGUUGCAUGUGCCCUCGUCCGCUACAGCGAGCGCCGCGAUGGCGACGUGCUGGUCAUCGGCCACGACUCCGCCCGCCUGGGUUCCGAGAUUGCGUAUCUCGGCGUACCCGUGCAUGAGUGGGAGCACGAGACGCUAAGCUACGGGGAUGUGGACACGCUUUGUUUGACUGAGUGGCGCGCUGUCGUCAUCGAUGCCGCGGCGAAGGGCGAGGACGAGGAAUCUACCACGACGCGCAAUCUUCAGUACGCGCUUGCUUUCGUCGAAAGGAACCCAGACACACCGGUCCUGACUAGGCUCCACGAUGAUCUGCGAAUGCCUUGCACCCUGUCCAUCCUCCGCGUGCCGGGUCUCAGUCUGGCCAACCCGUUCAAGGCUUGGGUCUGGGUUGGAGAUGCGAGGAGCUGGCAGAAAACGUCGAGCCUGCAUGUAGCUCAGGCAUGCUGGGCGUAUGUUUGCUACGAUGGCAAUCAAGACGUCGUUUUGGAUUUCGAGCUUGCGCCAGCCGACUACGGCAACUUCUUCUCUGACUGCUGCCACUUUAAACAGAGCAAAUAUUCGACCGAGUCUGGAGGGCCGCGCUAUCGCGUGGACUGUAUGGACUUCUGCCAUCUCCUUUCCUCACGUUUCUGGCUAGAAGCAAAGGCCCACGCCCAGACGUCGGCGUUCGCGGCCCACGUCAGGGCGGCACGGAACCCGACCAUGCUCUACUCGGCUCUCAGGAUCCAUCACUUCUGGAACACAACCCCGGCAGCGCGCCGCGAGCUGUUGAGCAAUCUGUUCCGCCCUCGCCGCGUCGCCGCAGUCGUGGGCGUCAACCGCGAACUCGCCGAUCGCGUGCCAGGCACGGCGUGCCUCAUUACGGCAAGGUACGACGCGCUUGCGGGCCUCUGUGUGCCGACGAGCAGGCCGGUAGAUGCAGCCUUGGUCGAGCUCUUCAGUGACCCCAGCGCUGGCGUCCUCCUAAACAUGCUCCACCAGGCGAAGCGCGAGCUUGGAGUCAUGCCCGUCGUCGCACAGCACCAUCGCGUGCUGCCGUUCGAGUCGCUCGCCGUGCUUGCGUCGCGCGAGCUCUACAAGCUGCUUGCCGGCUAUGUGGUCCUGGCGCGCCGGGCCCGGCGGAACCCGCUGCACAAGUGGGAGCUGCAGUUCCUGCUGUGGGCGCUGACCGUCUUCGGCACCUACGACGACAAGAUCGAGUACAUGGAAAUGCUGUAUAACGACAUGGCGGAAACCCGUGGGCUCCGGUUUGACGACUCUCCACCGCCGCGCAUCCUCCAUACCAAGACGGUACGGCCCGAAAGCGACAUUGUGCAUACCGAAGGGCCCGCCGCUGGGAAUUUUAUUGCUUCUCUCUCGGCAUUGCAUAUCAAUACCCAGUAUCUGGCACUCGAUGGCGACUUGGACAACUGCUAUGCCAUAGCAGUUGGACUACAGAAUGCCGAGCGUGGAGAUCGGGCGGGCAUAUACAUGUAAAUUACUAGAGGUCUGAUCCAGAUAGCUGGUUUGUCUCUUAAUUGCUUGCCAAUACUUGGCCUUCAGCAUCUAUUUGGCUGAUUUGCCCACUAAUGAAACUGGUCACGGAAGUUACUGAUGUCGUCGUAACGGCCGAACUUGCCGUCCUCAAUCGACUUGAUCCACCUGUGAAUAUGCUUCAGGAACAACCAGCAGCUGCAGCUGCUGACGGCGGCCUGGAAGUCCAGCUUCAGGGCACUGGACGCGGCCUCAACCAUCCACUGCGACCACAGGCGCUUCAUCCUCGCGUCGUAGACCUUGCGCAGCUGUGUUUUGUCGUACUUCAUCAGCUCCGACCAGGG